UUCACCAACAUGCUAGCUGUGUUGUGUAGUAAAGUUAUCAGUUUAGAAGAAUGGGGAAAGAUAGCUUUAGAUGUGUUGAAUGUAACGAAAAAGCACCAGAGUUACACCGGGAUUACAGCAACGGGAUCCUGAAGAUAACAAUAUGUGAGUCGUGCCAGAAGCCAGUGGACAAAUACAUUGAAUAUGACCCAGUUAUCAUCCUGAUUGAUGCCAUUUUGUGCAAGACGCAGGCUUUUAGACACAUUUUGUUCAACACAAGUCUGAAUAUCCACUGGAAGUUGUGUGUGUUCUGCCUGCUGUGUGAGGCGUACCUCAGGUGGUCUCAACUCCACGGCACCGAGCAGAGCAGCGACCCCGCUGACAUCAUCAGGUACACCAAGGAAUGGGAGUUCUACGGCAUGUUUGGAUUGGCCGCCCUCGAGCUGGCAGCGUUCUGCGGCGGCGUGCUGUGCUUCCUCUGGGUGGUGGUGGGUGGUCUGCAGGGGAAGACCCUCGACUUCAGCCUGCUGCUCCAGGCUCUGCUGCUGUCCUGCUACGGGAAGGUCCUCCUCAUCCCCGCCGUCAUCUGGGAGCACGACUACUCCCCGCUCUGCCUGGGCCUCAUCAAGAUGUUCGUGCUCACCUCUAACUCGCAGGCUAUCAGAGUGAUCCUGAACAGCAGCAGACGGUUGUCUCUGUUGGCGGUGUGUGUGGGUCUGCUGACAGAGACCUGCGCGUCUCAGGCCUGUGAGAGUCUUCUGUGGAGCGGCCAGGACAUGUUGACUUUUGAUUGAAUGUCGUCAGACUGAGAGAAAUGUCAGAUAUCUCAGGGAUGGACGAGUGAUGCCAAACUGUGCCCUCUACACAUGAGGUGGGAGAAGAAAUGUUUUUGCUGCUCUUAUCCAGUUCUCAGUCUGAGUCAGAGAGCAGCAGAAGCGACAUUCAUAUGACAUUUAUUCUGCGCUCUAUAUAGAGAUAUCAUAUGUCUUCAUUUUGGAGAAUUAUUUAGGAGGUGGCAAUGGUCAUCUGGUUGUUUUUUUUAUCAUGGUUUUAAAGUGGACAAAGAUUCCUGUCAUAUUUUUGACAAUAAGUACUUCCCUGUUUUGACAGCACAGAGACUACACUCCUUACAUCCUUUGGUUCAUUGGUGAAAUGCUGAUACACAUACAGAAACAACAGAAUAAAUGGGGGAACAUUCAUUUGAAAAAUAAAGCAGCCAGGAUUGACUUAUUGCAAUGAUGAAAGCUUAUAUAUACUGUAUUUUUUAGGGAGUGAAAAAUGCCUUACAGAGCCCAAAGUGAUGGCUUCACUUUGCUUGUUUUGCCUGACCCCAAAAUAUGUAAUUUACAUUUACAUUUGAGAGGUUGGAAGCUGAAAGAUGAGGCUUGUUUGACAUUUCCCAUGAACAAAGUAAUUGUUGUACAUGUACUAAAACUAAGCAGUGGUAUGCACACUAAUGAAUAAUAAUAUUUUUAUGAAAAAGGGCAAAGUUUCACCUGAUUAUCAACACAAGUGACAACAAAAACACUCCUUACUCGUCUUGAAUCCAAAUGUUGGAAUAAGGUGCUAACGUACAUUAUAUGAUAUGCCAAUAACCGGGACCAGCCUUCUUAGAUUAGACACAGAAAAAAUGUGCAGACUGCAUCCCAAAUGAAGUGCAGAUGAGUUUAGAGUAAUACAUAUUGAAUACAGUUGUGAUAAAUAUGUGCACGGAGCAGUGUAAGGUCCCCGGGUGUGAGGCGCUGUAGGUUGAUGUGGAUAAACUUAAUGAAAUCUUCACUUACUUUCCCUGGAAUGUGUGUGUAAACAGAGUAAGUCACUAAAACAAACGUCCCGAGCAGACUGUGGAAUGAGGGGAAUUCAUCAACUGCACUUUUGUAUAGUAAUAAAGACAGAACCGGCCCCCAGGA